AUGUCCUCCGAAAGCAUAGUCAUCGUUGGGGCGGGGAUCAUCGGGCUCGAUGUCGCCUUAGUGCUCGCGCAAAGGGGCUUUGGCAAAUCCAUCACGGUCGUCGCGGAGUAUUUGCCUGGUGACACUGCAGUCACUUACACCUCGCCAUGGGCCGGUUGCAACUUUUCAGCAAUCUCCGGCAGCGAUACCAACGCGUUGAAAUGGGAUCGUUUAGGCUAUGCACAUCUAUGCAAUCUUGCCUCGGAGGCCGAGCGUGAAUCUUUCGUUAAACGAACGCCGUCAGUCGAGAUGUGGGACGAGGUUGUACCUCACGAGAAGAUAAAGUCCAUGUCAGACUACCUCGAGGACUUCAAGAUCAUACCUAAGCACGAACUGCCAGAAGGCGUCAAGUUCGCCGUCUCCUUCACGACAUUGACCGUGAAUGCUCCCGCUCAUCUCCUGUAUCUUUACGAAAGAUUGAAGAACGACUUUGACGUACGUUUCAUUAGACAAAAGGUCAAGGAUAUCCGUUCCGCCUUCCUCAAGCCAUCGACCAAAAUCGUCUUUAAUUGCACAGGCAAUGCAGCGAGAACAUUCCCUGGUGUUGAGGACAAGCUUUGCUACCCGACAAGGGGACAAGUUGUGUUGGUGAGAGCGCCGAAAGUUCGCACGAACGUCAUGCGACAUGGCGAGGACUACGAAACCUACGUAAUUCCUCGUCCUGGUUCCAAUGGCAACGUCAUAUUGGGAGGUUACAUGCAGAAGGGAAAUGGUGAUGGGGCUACUUAUGCCCACGAGACGAAGUCCAUCAUGGAUCGAACUCACAAGAUUAGUAGUGAGCUUCGAGAGCAGGAUCCAGAGGUGCUGGCGGUUGUUGCUGGUCUUCGGCCCUCACGCGAGGGAGGAGCUCGAGUCGAAGGGGAAGAGAUCGAUCUGGGUGGUAAACGAGGGCUUAUUGUUCACAACUAUGGCGCUGGAGGGACGGGGUUCCAGGCUGGGUAUGGCAUGGCGCUGGAAGCUGCGCAGACUGCGGGGAUCGCGUUGAAGGAGCUCCGAAAUGAGGACAUACGAUCCCGUUUGUAA